CAAAUCUGAGGCCAGCAAUCACUCAUAUAUUUGGUGGACUUCUCACUACAGUUACUAGUCAGUAGUCACUAUGUCAGUGUGGUCUAUGAAGUAGGCACAAACGUCUACAAAAUACGAAUUGAUCGACAAUGAACAAAUUGAAUCCUCACCGCAACAAAAUCCACUAGUGACUAGUCACUAAUCAGUAAUCACUGAUGAGUAUUGAGUAAUGUACAACUGUAAAACCAUGGUAAAUACAGUCAAUCAUGAUAAUAUAGAAAAACAGCAGGUUUAUCUUGACGUUUUUGUUAUAAUUACACACUGUCUCGCUGAGUACAAUGAACCACAGAAUAUAACGAACGAAGAAUAUUAUCACUGUAUGGGACUUUAACACGAUUUAAGAUAGUACUAUCUUAAUCGUGGACUAUAACAAGUCGUAUAAUCACAACAACAAGACAGUGGUAUUUUGUACAAAACCAGAAAACCACUAGGCGCUAACCAAAAGGCAAAAUAUGAAGGUUCUUUUAAUUUCCGAGAAUUCCGCUGAACUUAAGACUGACCAUAAAUAUUAAAUAGCUAGUAAAUACUAUAUUAUUGUGUUAAGUACUUAAUAUUUUUAUUAGAUCAUUAGAAUCUUUUAGUUAAACAAUAUUAUUAAUUAAAUAAUUAAGCAAAUAUUAAAAUCGGUAUUGCUAAUAAAUACUAAGUAUACUUGUUUGUUGACCAUGACAUAAAGUGAAAGAUUUGUAGUUUUUAUCAACUGCUUAUUAUGAAUUGGUAGAUAGUCAAUAAUCAUAGAUAUUCAAAUGUUACGAGUCAAAUAAAAUGAGUAAUUAUAAUUCUAACUAUAAGUUCUUGGACAUGUUUAAUAAAAGAAGAACAAUAUUUUAUUUUGGAUUUUUCACUUUACUUAUUUUUUGGUUCAUCGGAGUUCGAAGUAGAGAUGCAUCACGGUAUCAAAUUUUAAAACAAACAUUGGAACAAACAAAAGAAGAAUUAAAAAUCAAAUCUAUAAAUUACAAUAUUUUAAAAGAAAGAUUUGAAAGUAUAUGUGAUAAAUGGCAACCAAACAUUCCAGUUAUAUAUGCCAUCACGCCUACCUACAAACGACCUGUACAAAAAGCAGAACUUACAAGACUGUCUAACACUUUUCGUCUUGUAAAUAAUUUCCAUUGGAUUAUUGUUGAAGAUUCUGAAAUGAAAACUUCACUUGUAGCCAAUUUACUUUAUAAAAGUAAUUUAAAUUAUACACACUUAGCCAUAGGAACACCAGCUGAAUGGAAGAGAAAAUUAAAAGAACCUAAAUGGAAGAAACCUAGAGGAGUUAAACAAAGGAACAAAGCAUUACAAUGGUUAAGAAGUAACAGAGCUAAUAAAAAAGAUGAAGGGAUAAUUUUUUUUGCUGAUGAUGAUAACACAUAUAGUGUUGAUUUAUUUAAUGAAAUGCGAACUGUAAAAGGUGUUGGUGUUUGGCCAGUUGGUCUUGUUGGUGGUCUUUUAGUAGAAAAACCAUUGAUAAAUAGUAAAGGUAAAGUAAUUGGUUGGAAUAGUGCUUGGAGACCAGAACGACCAUUUCCCGUCGAUAUGGCAGGUUUUGCAAUUAAUUUAAAGCUUUUACAUAAUCAUCCUAAUGCUGCGUUUUCGUGGGAUGUCAGUCGAGGUUUCCAGGAAAGUGCCAUACUUUCACAGGUAACCACAGUAGAACAAUUGGAGCCUAUGGCAGAUAAUUGUUCAAAAGUGUAUGUUUGGCAUACAAGAACUGAAGAACCAAUACUAAAAGCAGAAGAAAAACUUAAAAACCGUGGACUGCGAUCAGACAUGAAUAUUGAAGUUUAAUCUCAACCAAUGAUGAAAACACCAGGUGCUUUAUGCACGUGUAAUUAUUUAAGUCUAUGUGAAUACUCACUGCUCAAUGGAGAAAGUAAAAGCCAACUUGUGUUUUUACUUAUAUGCCCGAUCAAAUUAAGUUGUGACACAGAUUAAAAUGACUUAUUAGUUAUUGCUUAUAAAAACUAUAAAAGAAAUUUAUUUGAACCUAAAUCUAAAUUAUAAAUUUGUAUCCAAUAAAAUAUUUUGGAUCAAUAAUUUACAUUUAGUCAUAAUUCAAU